GUCGAAGAUAAAGUGAGGUUAAGUUUACUAUUUAUUUGGGAAUUUUUGCAUGAAUACCGAAACGAAAAUAAAUGCAAUUAUAAGAAUUGUUUAUGUACGUUUAGAUUAAUUAAAACAUGGGGGAUGUGCUGAAGCAACUUCGCGAAAAAUCUCGAAAGCGUAAAUUAUUGUUAGCCCAAACUUUUGGAGUAUCCGGAGCAGAAGAAUUGAGGACUGUCUUAGGAACCGGAGAAACAUCUCACUCGAAAGCUACCAGCAAAGAAAACACCAACGACAAAGAAAAAUAUGAUUACAAAAAUGCAGAUUUCUCCGACGAAUUGAUAUACAAAGAUUCAUCAUUGUUCCUAAAAGGCACCCAGUCUUCUAAUCCACACAACGAUUACUGCCAGCAUUUUGUCGACACUGGCCAAAGGCCUCAGAAUUUCAUCAGAGACGUAGGCUUGGCGGAUCGCUUCGAAGAAUACCCCAAACUGCGCGAGCUGAUCAAACUCAAGGACGAGCUGAUCCAAGAAACGGCUACUCCCCCUAUGUACCUCAAAUGCGAUCUGAUGAACUACGAUCUAAAGACGUUGAACUGCAAAUUCGAUGUGAUAUUGGUGGAGCCUCCGCUUGAAGAGUAUCAAAGAACAAUGGGCGUAACGAACAUGCAGUUUUGGAGCUGGGAGCAGGUCAUGAAUCUGGACAUAGGCGAAGUGGCUGCCCAAAGGAGUUUCGUGUUUUUAUGGUGUGGUAGUUCCGAUGGACUGGAUAUGGGAAGAAUAUGUUUGAGAAAAUGGGGCUUUCGAAGAUGUGAAGAUAUUAGCUGGAUUAGGACGAACAUCAAAAAUCCUGGACAUUCUAAAAAUCUCGACCCCAAAGCGGUAUUCCAGCGGACCAAAGAGCAUUGUCUCAUGGGCAUUAAAGGUACCGUCAGACGUUCCACAGAUGGAGAUUUUAUUCACGCUAACGUUGACAUCGAUUUGAUCAUUUCCGAGGAGAACGAAUACGGCAGUUUGGAGAAACCCGUUGAAAUAUUCCACAUUAUCGAGCAUUUUUGUUUAGGAAGAAGAAGACUCCAUAUAUUCGGUAGAGAGAGCACAAUCCGACCUGGCUGGCUAACCAUAGGACCUGAAUUAACCAAUUCAAACUUCAACGCUGAAUUGUACGCGAGUUAUUUCUCUCCUACCACACUAACCACAGGUUGCUCCGACAGGAUCGAAGCCCUGCGACCCAAAAGCCCUCCGGCCAAGGGCAAAGGGAACUCCGGAAAUAGAGGCAGGGCUAAUUUCCAAAGAGGCAGGGGAAGGAAUCGUUAAUACAUGUUAAUUAAGGUAUAUUUAAGGAUUAAAAUUAUGCGUUUUAUAAAGUAAUUGUAACGGUUGAAAUUUUGUUUAAUUAGUCUA